AUGGCCGAUGCGACGCUGUCGGGAAAGAAAUGCAACAUCUGCAGACCGGAACUUGAAUACCUUGGCGGGUUGUACAACUACGAAGGUCGGUGGCCCUUGCCAUCUCAUAUACAGAAGAUUGUCGAUUGGCCAGCAUGUACGACUGUCACAGAAGUCCGUGGAUUUCUUGGGACCUGCGGUCUCGUUCGGGUCUUUAUCAAAGAUUAUGCAAAGAUGGUGCAGCCUCUGACUACCCUGAUGCAUAAGGAGACAGAGUUCAGUUGGGGCAACGAGGAGGACGUAGCCAUGGCGCAGAUAAAACAGGCUGUACAGUCCUGUGGGGCAUUGGUUCCCAUUGAUUAUGCAUCAUUGCGCAUCGUUAUCCUCGCGGUCGACUCGUCAAACAUUGCUGUCGAGUUGUAUGGUCUCUUUCGCGCUCUCCGCGCAGUUCGGAUCUACAUCAUUGGGGUCGCAAACCUGGUCAUAGAAGUCGACGUGAAAUACAUCAAAGGAAUGCUAAAUAACCCCAACAUCCAACCCAAUGCUACAAUCAACCGUUGGAUCGCUGGUAUCCUACUAUUUGACUUCCGCCUCGUACACGUACCAGGUUCACGCCACACUGGGGCUGACAGUUUAUCACAUCACCCCCGCGCAAACGAAGACCCCGAGGAGGACGAUGACUUCGAGCAGUGGUUAGACGAAGCUAAUGCCUUCACUAUUGAUGCCGCAAAUUUCAGGAUAAUGUGUGAAGGGUGGCAGCAUGCCUGUGCUCCGGGGACUGUCUUGACUGGCUUGAAUGCUAGGACACCAGAUGUUGCAGUCUACACCUCGGCCCCGGAAGACGUCAAGAUUCCGUGA